AUGGCUUGGAUCUUUCUCCUCCUCCUGCUAAUUCCCAUUUCUUCUGUCGUCUCGCAGCAAAACUACACUCCAAAUUCAUGCACAACCCACGAAGAAAAAACACUCUACACGUGCAACGGCCAUCAUCCAUCCUGCAAAGCUUUCCUGAUGUUCACAGCAAAGACUCCCUACACCACUCUUCCCGCCAUUGCAGCUCUUACGUCCUCGCCACAGUUCCAGAUUAUGGAAACCAACGGCAUAAGAACCAGCCCAGCCUUUCCCGACGAUCAAGAAAUCGUUGUUCCAGUGAACUGUUCUUGUUCAGGGGAAUACUAUCAGGCCAAUACCACUUACCACAUCCGAGACGAUUCCGAAACAUACUCAUCUCUAGCACUCAACACGUUCCAGGGAUUAUCGACCUGUGAUGCCCUGAGACAUUCAAACGUUAAUAAGUCCGAGUACAAUUUGCACCGCGGCGAUGAGCUUAGCAUUCCCCUACGAUGCGCGUGUCCGACAAGGGAACAAGCUGCGUCGGGAACUAAGUUCUUGUUGACUUACCCAAUCGGCGUUGGCGACACUCUCUAUACGCUGAGUAAACAGUUCAACGUAAGCAUGGAGACCGUAAAAGAAGCCAACAAUCUCCUCGACGAGUAUUCAAUAAUAUAUCCUUUCACGACACUCCUAUUUCCCCUGUCGCACGAACCGUCACGAUCACAGAUAGUGAACCGGGGGCAUCACAUCGCUCGAUCGACCUUACCUGCUACUUCAGCUGUUGGGAAAAACAAAACUUACAAACUUAUUUUGGUCGCUGGCGGAGCUGCCGGAGCAUUCUCUCUCGCUGUCCUUCUCUUCCUAGUCUUCGUAUUUCUGCAUCGCAAGAGAAAUUCGAAGUUCACGUCUCCCGAACAAGGCUUGACUCUAGAGAUUGCGAAACUUGACAGUAAACUGCACAGAUUCGAAUUCUAUGAAGUAAAAAAGGCAACGGGCGAUUUCACGAGCAGAAACAGAAUAAACAACAGCGUGUACCGUGGGACGUUCAGAGGAGAAGCUGUGGCAGUGAAGAAGAGAAAUCGAAACGCAGAUAAUGAGGUGAAGAUGCUGCAUCAGAUUUAUCACUUCAACAUAGUGAAACUUCACGGCUUCUGCGAGCACAGGGAUGAACUAUACCUCAUCUACGAGUACGUUGAAAAUGGUACUCUUCAGGAAUGGCUUGCCGGAACAAGAUCUGAAUCCCAAAAGAGCUGGAACCAACUGAUUCGUAUUGCGCUAGAUGUGGCCAACGGGCUUCUCUAUCUCCACAAAUUCACAAACCCUGUGCGCAUGCACAACAACUUAAGCACCAGAAACAUUCUCCUCGAUGGCAAACUGCGAGCAAAGAUUGCAAAGUUCAGCCUUGCAAGAACAUCAAACACCAGUUUCAUAUCAAGGGUAGUGGGGACUAAAGGCUACAUUGCACCUGAGUGUCUUGAUGCCGGUCCGGUAACUCCCAAGGUUGACAUAUUCGCCUUUGGAGUAGUAUUGCUUGAAUUGAUAACCGGCAAAGGGCCAAUAUUCAAGCAGGAUGGCAGGGAAAGACUACUCUCGGCUUCGGUAGCUGCUCUCAUGGAAAGACAGAGUGCUGAGAUUGAGCUGACCUGUUUCAUUGAGCCGCGCCUCGCUGAAAAUGGAGGAAUGGAGUAUGCCAUCCAAAUUGCCAAGCUAAGCUUAAGCUGCUCGGCACAGGAUCCAGCAGAAAGACCAGACAUGGUUGACGUCGUCUCGAUUCUUCAGAAACUGCAGUUCAAUAUACAGAAAGCGAAAUACACAGCUAACAAAGCUAUGAGCAUAGAAACUGGACCUACUUUCAGCUCUUCAUCAGUACUUUCAUCGAUCUAA